CCUCCCUUUCCCUCGCUUGCUUUUAUCUUCAGAAUCCUGAUGCUUGGAGGAGCCUGAUCCUGCUUAUCUGUGCGUGUUCGGGUGCUGUUUGGCUGCAGUUCAGCGGCCGGAGCCGAAGGGCUGUGCAAGCUUAGGCUGGGUGGCUGCGGGUCUGGCUUAAGGUGCGCCACGAAGGCGCUCUGCUGCAAAGCUCUCCUCACCUUUGCCUGUAAGCCGCAGGAGGGAAAGGUCCACUGACACGUCUUCACCCCGGCAGAAGGAGCAGUUGCAAGGCGAAUGUAGGAAGGGGGAAAGAUGGUCAUUCGCGUGUUCAUCGCGUCUUCCUCUGGCUCCGUGGCGAUAAAGAAGCGGCAACAAGACAUUGUACGAUUUUUGGAAGCCAACAAGAUUGACUUUGAAGAGGUGGAUAUCACCAUGUCAGAGGAGCAAAGGCGAUGGAUGUAUAAAAAUAUUCCUCAAGAUAAACUGCCUGCACAAGGCAACCCGCUCCCUCCCCAGAUUUUCAGCGAUAAUCAGUACUGUGGAGAUUAUGACUCAUUUUUUGAAUCCAAGGAAAGCAACACCGUCUUUACUUUUCUUGGGUUGAAACCUAAUUUGGCAUCAAAGGAGUCGGAGCCUUAGAAAAAUUUCCUUGAGGAUUCAACAAGCACAUUGUCUGGGUGAAUGAAACCCUUGAUAUCCAGCACGUAACAGCUUCCCUAGUGGACCACUGUGAUACAUGGCAAUAUGCACCAUCAAUAUUUUGUUUGACAUUGAAAAGAUGAAAUAAGGCAGUGACUGCAAAAUGGGGUAAAUGGUGGUGGUAAAAUAGUCAUAGUGGGGGUUGCGCUUGUUUUUUAUUUUCUUUUUUCUUUUUUGCAAACAAAUCUGAAACUGAUGCUGUGGACGAAUGGCCCAACAGUCUCUGAUGCUCUAUUUGAAAAAUUAUUUGUAUUCUGAAAGUGGUAUAUGGGUGUUGAAUCUGAUUGGACAGUGUGUAUUGUCAGAGUGUCAGAUGUUUACUGAAUUCUGAGCUGAGAGUUAAUGGCAGGCAUCACCUACUAUUCUUGAACCACAGCUAAACAUGAAAGUCAGCAGUGUUGAGCUGCAAAGGUAUCACUCCAACAGAAUAUGUGCUAAUUGUGCUAUUUGUGCUAAAAUGUGCUUAUUGAGGUAGAUAUGGCCUGGUACAUCUUUCCACUUAUAUAAAUCAAAACUCUUAUCUCCUCUUGUUGGUAUAUCACUACAGAUUGUUUUGCUUUGACUUACAGUUUCAGAUGGUCCAAGAAAGAGAACUAGUUGGCAAAUAACUUCUAAAAUGAGAAGUUGCCAAAGUCUGUCUUAAUUCUUGAUAAGAAUACCAGGCAUGUCUGUCAUUUUGACCUACAUUGCAUGCAUUUCCCAAUUUUUUAAUGUAUAAAUUACAGAUUUUCAUCUACUCUGCAAGCAUUGAUAUCACUUAGGAACCCUAUUUCUCUCAGUGAGAUUAAUUUUAGAACAAAUGUUAAAGCCUGUAGUGUGCUAUGCAGGGCUUUUUGUGUGUGACAGUACUCGCUAGUACUGAGGACUAGUACUGAGUACCAGCAUCUUUGUGUGUUUUUUGCUGCCUAUUGCAGCCAUUUUGUGCUGGCACCCAAACACUUUUACCAAGAUAUGAGUAUCAGCACCUCAUUUUUUUACUAAAAAAACACUGGUGCCAUGUAAUAUAAUUUCAGAGCCUGUAAAAGCACACAGGUAAGAACUUUAAGCUGACUAAUAGUUCCAUUGCCUUAAAGUUGGAGGGUGUUGGGAGGAUUUAUAAAGAUAGAAGCAUUUUUUUUUUGCCUGUAAAAUAUGUCACUUUACAUGGUUGUGCUUGAUUGUGCCAAUGUGUUCAGUAUCCUCCCGUUUUGAGUCCCGAGUAGCUAUUCUUGGCAGUAAGGAUAGUCUCUUCUAGCCUGUGGUGAAUCUCAGGUGCCUCAAAAUGAAAAGUGUGGGAUUGAACAAUAACAGCACAGUCCUAUGCAUGUCUACUCAGAAGUAAAUCCCAUUGAGUUCAGUAGGACUUACUCCUAGGUAAGUGUGCAUAGGAUUGUAGCCUAAUUCAGUUUUAAAAGGCCAUUUAUCAGUUGGAUACUUUUAUCUACUUUCAUCUCAUUCACUGUUUGGAGCAUCAGCACCCGCCCAAAAAUUGAUCAUCCAUUUAUCACUGCAAUUUUUGGUAAACCUCUUGUCAAUGCAGUUCAAUACUGCUGUCAUUUUUCUAUGAUAGGCUAAAAACGGUUUUGGUCUGAAUUUGAGGCAGCUCAUAUUUGGGCACUUUUGCACCAUUGCCUUUGGCUUCUCUAUUAAGUGUUGGUGCGCUAGAAGAUCACUUGACUUGCAAGUGUUCCCACAUUCCACUUCCCAGAAUCCUGCCUGCAACAUGGGAACAACUAAAAUGUCCUAACUACAAAUACGUGGAUCCAGAUCCUGUGAUUUUGUUCUGCUGCACUGCAGUUGGAAGAUCUACUUGAGAACAUCAGCAUGAUUUCUCUCUGGAUUAGCUUUCUUUUCAAUGUCUGAGUUCAGGUGUCAGCCAGACCUGGUGCCUAGCAAGAACGAAUUAUAUUUGGAUUUCCAAGUGCAUCUUUAUCUACAUAAGCACUUGUAUGUCGCUGCAGUAAAUCUUGGAGUGGGGGAAGAACUCAUUACCAAGUUUGAAAUAUAUAUGCUGUGCUUUAAAGUUCACAUAAGCCUGUCCCAAAGAAAAAUACAGGACAAAGUUAGUUGCAUUUAGCCCUCAUGAAUGGGACAAGUUAAUUAUGGCUUACUUGAGUCUCAUUCAUUUUAAUGGGCACUGAAACAUGAUUAAAGCCAUCUUCAGGCAUUCAUAUUAAGUGUAAAUGUGUGAUGGAGGGCCACUGGGAUGAACACACCAGGGUUGCUCAACUGCUGCUGGUCCAAUCGCCACGAGUUAAGAAGUGAACAUUUGAAACGGGGAGCCUCCUGUACUCCUGUUGGCUCCCUGUGCUUUAGAACCUUGACUUUCUAGGUUUCUAAAAUGUGUAGGGAGCUUCCAUGAGUAUAGGAAGCUCCCUCUUUUAUCUGUUUACACCCUCCCAGCUUAGGGAGGGCAGUUAAAAUGGGGGACAGAGCAUGUUUAUUUUGUACAGGACAUGAACACCUAAAGAAGGCUUAACUUCCUUUGGACUGGGGCUAAAGGACUUUUUAAGGGGUGUUUCUGUGGGAGCAAAUAUGCUAGUGCUGCCUCCCCUCAUUUGCUAGGGCUUUCUUUUUCAUUUUGAUCAGGCUAUACUUUGUGUGUAUAUCUGAUCCUCUGUAUCAGGGCAAGAGAGUAGAUAUGGGGUCGGUCCUAAAAAUAUCAAUAUUUUUUUAGAAAGAGUGAAAGAGAAGGCACUAUAGGAUCUCUAAUGGUAGAAACAGUUAAGUGUGAAGUAUGUAUAUGAGCCCUAUUUUGUUACUCAAAGCUCAGGGAAGUUUCAAAAGCGUUUUUUUGUUGGGGUCAGAACAAGUCUGCUCUUCCAGGAGGUGUGAUGGUGACAGCAGCUUAAAUAUCCACUGUGCUAUAUCCAUCCUACUGUGUGCCUGCAAGUCCUUCACAUGCUUAAAGUGGCUUUUUGGAUUCUGGCUAACUUUAAUGGUAGUGCCGUUUGUAAUAAGCAAAAGAUACAUCAUUUAAGAUACCUUACUGUGUCUGUUGGGGCGGGGGAGAGGAGGGCAUAUUCCUGAAAUGCAAGAAGAGAUCAAAAGGUGUCCUAUUUUCAUGCCUGUAUCAGCUCUGCAAAUUCGCUGGUGAGUGCUAUUUGAUUUUUUUAAUUCAAAGUUUGGCUUUCAUGUUUAUAUCAAAAAUUUGUAAAGUGCUUGAACUCUCCUUUUUAUUUUCAUUAUAUAACAGCCUUCCACUUUUUAAAUUAUUAAAAUGCAUCCUUUUCAGUCAGUGUUUUUUUUUUUAAAAAAAACAGCCUAGUUUCUUUUGUUUCUAUAUACCUCUUGCGUAGCGAGUUAUGUUGUUUCCCAGCCCUCUUACGAUGUGCUCAUAUCAGGAAACAAAAUACAGAAUAAAUUAUCUCCACGGGAAAGUAGUUUUGAGACUGGCUUUGAUCUGCUUAAAAAAAUAUACUUCUAAUGUGACCACCUAAUAUUAAUUCUGAUGAGGGGGGAGGAAAAGGAAGAGUAUCUCUGACCUCCCCUUCCCCCGAUUGCCUUUGCAAGUUAGAGGGAUAACUUCUGCAGUCCAGAGAGCCUUUUCUAUUUAUGUUGGCUCCCUGUGCAAUGUAGGACCCUGAUUUUUAAAUACGCCUGGUAUGAAGAUCUGGUAUGAAGAUCUUCUCAUGUAAGUUUCAUAUACUUUGGCCUGAACUUCCAAACUAAUUAGACUGGGGUAUUUUUUUUGCUGACAUCAAUUAAAUUACACCAGAAUAAGUAGUUUGAAGUGUGUAGCUUUUGCUGUAUCUACUCCAUGGACCACUACCUCCCAAGCACUACUAUGAAUUGUAGUACGCUUUGCAGGUAGGGAGAAAAUUAUGUCUACUUCAGGGAUGGGGCACCCGUAGUCUAGCAACAUCUGGAGGGCCACAGCUCUCAUUCCCCCCAACCAUUGACCAUGCUGGCUGAUGCUGAUGGGGGGAUGAGUCCAGCGACAUCUGGACAGCCACAUGUUCCCCAAACCUGGUGUAGAUCUAACUUUUUUAAAGGGUGAAAUGAUGCAGGAGCAAACUUUUCCAAAAUGUUUGAACUAUGCUUCCUGUUGGCAUGCUGCCCCGAAGGCCAAGCCAAGCAUCACCAUGCAGAGUCCUCAGCCACCUGCUGGGGCUCCAGUUGCUGGCUCAGCCCACUACAGUAAUGUGAAAGUUUAACUUGUUCAGUAUAUGGCAUCUGUGAAUUUAACUGCUGGAUGAACCCCUUUAUAAGGCCUAGUUCCACCUGCUUUCCACCACACUGUUGACUGAAGUAAACAGUUGCGGGGGAGGGGACUCUAAAGCUGCAUGCAUGCUCUAGUGUGUGAAUAGAACUUACAAGUAUAUGGUUUUACCACUCACUUCAAUAGAUACGUGCAUGGCCAUAUAGCUCAGUGGCAGAGCACUUGCUUUGUAUACACAAGGUCCAAGUUCAAUCCCUGGCAUCUCUAAGUAAGGCUGGGAAAGACACUCCUGUCUGUCUACUCUGGUGAGCCAGUCGGUGUACAGUAGACAGCCAAUUUAAUGAUAACAAAAUGAUCCUGGGCUAGAUGAGGUAAUGGUCUGAUUCGGUAUGAGGCAACUUCCUGUGUUGCUAUGAGACAAAGAGGAGUCCAAAGGCAGAGCUGCCCGUCUGGGUCACGUUGGCGGUAGCCUCCAGGCACAGAAGAGAUCAUUGGAUGAGGGCACCCAUUAGAAUAUUUGAGUUUCUCUAGCAUAUGUUUUCUCCCAUUCCGGAAAUGGAGUGUCACUGUUGAUCAUGCCCUUAGUUACUAUUGAAAGCACUUGUGAAUUGUAAAGAGCUGCAUUGAUUUACACAGGGAAAGGGAGUUGUCCAUUUCUUUUCAGUCAGAGUUUGCAAAAUCCUCUUGUAAUCCAUAAAAAGCCAUUAAAAGCAAAACUAGGCAUGUCUGUAUACCAAAGCAGUGGGAAGAGUCAUGGUAAAAGUUAUAUUGGCUGCAAGUAGUAGUACAAAAACCUUAGGCAAACAUUCUCAUUCCCUCCCCACAUCCGUGUGCUUUCAAUCGGUCCGUCAGCUUCUUCAUCUCUUUUCUUUCUUUGCUCAGAAAAUAUUUUUCUCUCAUUCUUUUUCUGGAGGAUUUGGUUGUAAUUGACAGGAUCCCUGCACAAUGUCUGUUUCUAUGGAAGUUUCAAAAGUGGCUGCACACAUUCCUUGUGGUAUCAAUAGUGACUGGGUCAGCUGUCGUCACAAAACAAAUCCACAAAUGACCAAGCAAUCAACAUUUCUUUCCAGUGUUUAGGUUUAUACUUGAGUUAUGUCCCACAGUACCUUUUGCCCUUGAGUGCAGCUGCCAGAGGAGAAACUAGAUGCAUGUUGCAUCAAUUGUGAAGGAUGCAGGUUCAUGUAUGUUUUUGUGUUCAGGUAUCUGCUUGUCAGCAAAACGAGAAGCCAUCCCUAGAUGGAGGUAUAGUCCUGUGAAGUCAGGUUCUUAAGAGCUCUGAUGACACAUGCAUGUUUUUCACUCAGUAACUACAGCAUUAAGUGAUGACUUGUAUCUGUGAAAGAGCCAUCAUGGGGCAUCUACUGCUAGCAGAGAGUUGAUAUCACUUGUCAUCAUCUCAGACAGUGUUUUUCUACUGAGGCAGUUUAUAUAUUCAGCUGUGAGUAACCAAAUGUUGAGUAAUGUACACAAAUGAGUCCUACGCAGAUGUCUCCUCUAUGUUGUCUGUGUCACUUUUGCCAGUGGUAGUUUUGUGCUUUUGUGAUAAACCUUGGGUGUAGAGGGUCACCUAUACACAUGCACUUAGUUAGCAUUGGGGCACAUUUGUGCAGCCUUUUCCCUGGCUCCUAGUUCAAGGCAGCAGCCCAGAUGUUUGGGAAAGGUUCUUUAAAACAUCAGGGGCAGUGUGGGAAAAUCAGCCCUGUUGAAAGAUAGUGCCAUGGUUUGUGCAGAUACUGCGGCUUGUAUUUGCCCCAUUAAGUGCUCCUUCUGUAAUGCACAUGACACAGCAGGCCACUGCAGGUGCAUUCUUUGGGGCACAUAUGGAACAGGAUGUUCUGAGCAGAUCCAAUCAUUGAAAACAAGGGCACCUUAUGACAUUCAUGUUAGAGCCAAGAUCUCGCAUUAUACCUUUCUAACAGUUGCUUGUCAGGGAGACGUUCAGUGGGUCCAGCAUCUCCUGUAAUGGGACUGAACUGACAGGAGAGUCUGCCUAUGCCAGAUUUUGACUUGCUGCUCUCCUGUUUGGCAUAUGGGAUGCCGUCAGGUCAAGAGCUGGCAACCAAUUUUAAUACUAGACAGAAAGAAAAAUUCUGCAAAUAGCUGUUUCCUUAGUUGCAUUCUGAUUGGAGAAGCUGAGGGUGACAUCUCCCUGCCACACAUUUUAUGGCAGGAAUAAGAAGCUCCUUCAAGUCAGGGUAUAGUAGCCUUUCGAAGUAUCCAUUCCUUUCCCCCACUCUCUGCUCCCCAAAAAGUCUGUUUGUUUUGUGCAGUAAGGUAUGGCACUGAAUGAUGUCAACUGAAGAUUCCCUAUUCUUCUGUUGUGUAAUAUAACAGAUGGAAUGGAAUUUUAGUUUAUUGUGUCUCAGUUGUACUGCUGUGUUUAAAAAUAAAAUCAUGUUUAUAUUUAAUGUUUCAAUUGUCAUAUUAAAGGUUACAUAUAAAGAAGAAA